AUGGUCCUACCCGUCCACCAGGGUGGACUGGUACCUUUUGCCAUGGAAGAUACUGGCAUUAGUUAUACGGGCUUGGUGGUUACGCUGAUCUUGGUGUUAGUCGCCUACCUGGUGGUUUCCCCUAUUAUAGAUGGCUGGGGAAAACCUCCUCUACCUCCUGGUCCUCCGGCACUUCCUAUUAUUGGUAACUUGCACCAGAUGAGCCUCAGUGCACCAUGGAAGCAACACCUGGAAUGGACCAAACAGUACGGACCCAUUUUCCGAUUGAAAGCUGGAAAAGAUACCAUGAUUAUUCUUGGAACAAUGCAGGCAGCACGCGACUUACUAGAUAAGAAGAGUAAGAUCUAUUCAUCUCGACCGCGCAGUGUCAUGGCAUUCGAAAAUGUAUCAAAAGGAUUGCGCCCUGUCCUUAUGCCAGAUAAUGAGCAGUGGAAGACUGCAAAAAGGUUGCAGGGAGUAGUUUUGACCUACAAGAUGUCCCAGUCAUACCGCGGGGUUCAAGCACUAGAGUCUUUGCAACUCCUGCGAGGAUUGUUGCAGAACGAAGGCAAAUUCCAAAAAGAGUUUCACAGAUACUCGACCUCGACACUGUUCGCUCUUGCAUACGGCCAGCGGAUGACCAGAGGAGACGAGGAUGAGGUCAAAGCUAUCGACCUCAUUAUGGAGCGGUUCGCACUUUUUGGUCGUGUCGGAACCUGGAUCGUUGAUGUUAUUCCAGUCCUCAAUUACUUGCCUACCUUCCUGGCGCCUUGGAAGCGUAUUGCUGAAGAAUGCCACCAGUUUGAGUCCACAAUGCACAUGAAGCACUUGCACCAGGCAAUGGAAAGACCAGGUUGGAACUUUGUCAAGGCAGUCAAAGAUGUGAAGGCAGCGGAAGGAGUAUCCCAAAAGGAGUUGGCAUAUAUUGUAGCCAUCCUUCUCGAAGCCGGUGCGGAAACCACUACAAACGCACUGGAGACUUUUGUACUUGCUGCUCGUCUAUUUCCUCGAAUUAUUGGCCCAGCUCAAGCCGAGUUGGAAUCGGUUAUUGGAACUUCUCGACUUCCAACUGUAGACGACAGCCCCAACCUACCUUAUAUCAAUGCAAUUGUGAAGGAGACGCUCCGCUGGCGACCUAUCGUCCCGGAGGCUGUACCCCAUCUUAACACGGAAGAAGAUGAAUAUAUGGGAUACCGGAUUCCUAAAGGAUCAAUUAUACUCCCCAAUGUUUGGGGCAUUCACCUCAAUCCAGACAUCUACCCGGAUCCAAACAACUUCUUGCCUGAAAGGUGGCUUGCAUAUGAAACAAACGAAGGACCACCAGAGCAUGCUGCAUUUGGAUUUGGACGAAGGAUUUGCACCGGACAGCACAUUGCAUACAACUCUCUUUUCCUGAAUAUUGCACGUAUCCUGUGGGCGUGCAACAUUGGACCCAAGAUUGAUGCAGAGGGCCGUGAGGUGCCCGUCGAUGAGUGGGGUUUCAGUGAUGGCUUUAUCAGCAGGCCAUUGCCAUUCGAAGUGAGUAUCACUCCUCGUAGCGAGGAGCGAACUAAGCUGGUGGAGAAAGCUUGGGAUGAGGCAGAUAAAGAUUUGGUGAGCCUUAUGGAAAAACGGCCCAUGUGA